AUGGCGUCUCUCAUCUUCACUGCUGGUGGUAGGAACAAGUCGUCGGCGGAGAGGACCACUCUCAGCGCGAACAUCGGGGCUAGCAUUACCCUCCCGACCAUCCCGAACCUCCUCCCCCGCUCGGCGCAGAACCAGCCCGCCGCGGUCGACGUCCCCGAUGGCCUCUACUCCGGAUCGGGCGUCGCUGCGUCCGACGCGUCGCUUUCGCCUCAGGAGGUGUACGAUGGCGGGUACUCGAACGCGACGGAGAUGUAUCUGCGUAUCGCGACUGGCGGGUCUGGCCAAUCGGGCUUGAUCAAAGCAUGGGCGGACGCGUUUAUCAAGUAUAAUGUGGAGAAUGGGUUGGCGCCGCCGUUCAAGGUUGGAUGGUAUUUGGGUGAUACGACGGAGAGUUUGGGGUUGAUUGAGGCUGAGGCUGUGGAUUUGGCUGUUACGUAUAAUGAGGCUGCUGAGAAGCAGUCGCUCAAGAGCGGGGCGUCUGUUAAACGGGUAUAUGGGUUCCGUGAUCACUUCAUGCUCGUCGGACCCCUCGAGAAUCCAGCAGCCUUGAGCGCCGAAAACGAUGAUGUGCUCACGAUGUUCAACAAGAUCGUCGCGCGCGGAAACGCGGAUGUGGUGAAACCCCCUUCGGAUCGUCCACCCGUCCGCUUCCUCUCCCGUUUCGACAAAUCCGCGACGAACAUCAAAGACUCGGAGCUCUUCAUCAAGAUUGGGCAAGUCCCCUGGGGCCUGCCGUACUCCAAAUGGUACCACCAAUACACGCAGUACCCGCUGCAAGCCCUCAACGCCGCGGCCCUCCUCAAAGAGUACACCAUCACCGAUAAAGGAACGUGGUUCUCAAGCCCGGCAGACGUGAACGCCAAAUUGACGGUAUUUAAGAUUGGGUCGGACGAGCAGGUGGAUGGGCAUGAUGAUGAGUUGUUGAAUCCGGCGCAUGUGAUGUUGAGUAAGAACCCCGGGCAUAGGGAUGUGGCGGAGAGGUUUAUGGAGUGGGUGGUUAGUAAGGAUGGGGGGCAGAAGGUUAUUAGGGAGUUUAAGAAGAAUGGGGAGGUGCUUUAUUCGGAGGCGCCUGAUACCGAGUAA